AAUUUCUAUUUUUCACUGUCCUGACAAGUUGGCAGUAAUACAGAAUAUCCGACAGUAACGUUUGCUUUCAACUCUGGAGCCAUGCGUGCCAUUAAACAACCGAAUUAACUCUCUUGAAGCGCAAGAGGCUAAUGAAUUUAAGUCUUUAAUUAGGCUUUACAGUACUUCCUUGGGCCAAUGGCUGGAAGCUAACCCGCUGGUGUCUUUUAAGCUGUGCUUCAUUGCUGCUGUUUAUCGGACAGGUAUCGUAACAUCUAGGACCUUUCUGGGCACAGCUGCGUGUUGAGGCCGACGCCAUCUUGUGGCGUCUCGGAAGAAGCGCCAUUGGUUUUCAACCCGGAAGUUAAAGUGCGGAGGUCGUCAUGGGGAGCAAAGUGAGCACCAAAAUGGCCGCUCCCUCCGCCAGAGUUAUUCAGGCUGUGCGGCCGCAUGCGCCCAUGAUCAAAUUUCCGAGUAGGGAAGGCAUCCCUAAGCCCAACGCUCAAGAAGUAUUGAAAACGAUGUCAGUCAACACCGCACAGCCCAACAAUCCCAGCUCGGCGUCGGCUUCAGCGCCGCCCAAAAUUUCAAAUCGCGUGACUUUGCCGCCCAUCCCUGGCGCACCCGACACCUUGGCAUCCAUUCAGCUGCUCCCCGCGAGGUACCGCCGGAGACCAAUGGUGGUCGAAGAGAUGGAAUACAUUCAGCGCGGCGGACCCGAGUGAUGAGACGCAUUUAAUAAAACGACAAGUGAAGUCCUCAUCUGCUGAGGUCAUCAUCCUUUUCCGUUCUUGGCACACGCUCUAAAAAAAACAUGCCACAAUGUAGAAUAAAAUAUUAUACUAUUGCUUGCAUAUGUACAUAUUUUGAUUAUUCCAUUUGUUAUUGUGUAUAAGUCCCUUUGAGGGACAUUUCUAAUGAACGAUGGAUGUUUUCUUCCAUUGGCAUCCCGACUGACUUCCCUGACAUCUUCUUGCUCUGCGUCUUGUUUGUUUUAAUGCUGCGUCGGCAAGCCAUUAAAGCAAUAUUCUGUUGCGA